UUUUGGAAGAACUGACUGAAAGCCUGAGACCGGAGGAAAAGGCACAGUUUGACAUCUCCACUUUCCUUUGUCAACGGUAAAAGAAAAAGAGCUGUAGAAGGUUUGAGGAAGGAGGAAAAUCACGUUGGCUUUAUCAGUGGGAAUUUAUCACUGCUUUUUAGAAUCAGAGUGGCUGGUACUUUUAGAGAGUGUCAGGUUCAAAGACUGUGACUCAUCGGAGAAAAGUGAUAGGUUACUUUCAGAGGAACGACAGAACGGAAGAUGGAUCGUAAAAUUCCCGAUUUUGCUGGUACCUGGAAAAUGAAGAGCUCUGAGAACUUCGAAGAGCUUCUUAAAGCACUAGGUGUGAACGUGAUGCUCCGUAAGAUUGCGGUUGCAGCUGCAUCAAAACCAUCCGUGGAGAUUACACAGGAGGGAGAGACACUGACAAUCAAGACGUCCACCUCAGUGAGGACCACCAACGUCACCUUCACAGUUGGACAGGAGUUUAAUGAGGCCACUGUGGAUGGACGUCCCUGCACGAGCUUUCCUCGCUGGGUAACAGACAGCAAGAUUAGCUGCGAACAGACUUUGCAGAAGGGCGAGGGUCCAAAAACCUCAUGGACCAGGGAAAUAACCAAUGAUGCUGAAUUGAUUCUGACCAUGACUGCUGACGAUGUGGUGUGUACAAGAGUUUAUGUCAGAGAGUGAACAUAUAAGGAAAAAGGAAGAAUAUCCAUCCAGAUUGGAGUCUUUCCUCAUUAAUCACAAUGACUGUGACUUGUUUCCUUUCUUCCUAAUCUCAACUAUCACACUUUUUUUAUUGACAAUGUAUUUGAAUAGUACGUCAGAGAGCCAUGCAAAUAUAGUUCCAGAGAUUCAAGCAAUUUUGUUUUUUUCUGAUUGGUCAAUUUAAAACUACAUAAUCUUGGGUUCAAAAGCACUUUUAAAGAUUGAUCUAAAAAUAGAUGUAGACCUGGAAAUCUGAAGCUUGGAAACCAGUUCACAAGGUACAGUCACAUUUAGCAUUGUUUUGUCAUUUUCAUGGGCAAAAUAGUUUUUUUUAAGAGCCAUCUAUACAGUUAUUCAUGCUGACCAUUAGAAACCCAGCGAGCACACAACAUCAUAAGACGUUAAUAUUAGGCUACAUUCAGAUCAUGACAUCAGGUGACCAAAAUGCAAUGUCUAACCAGCAUCUAUUGACAACGUUAUUUUGAUGUCUAAUAAUGAUGUCAAAUUACAUUUAUAUUUGGUUGAUUUUAGGUUGUGUUGGAAAGUGACCAAAAUCCAACGUCUGAUGGAUGUCAUGGUGUUAACGUCCACACAACGUCAAGGUGCAACAUGAUUAGAUGUUGAUUUUUGGUUGGACAUUGAUGUCGGCCUGACGUUGGGUUCUGAUGUCAACCCGAUUUUUUUUCCAAACAUAAUCCAACAUCCCCGUGACAUUGGGGUACAUUGGGGUACAAUGUCAAUAUGACAUCCUGUUGACGUCUUGUGCCUGCAGAGAAGGUGCUUAGGAAUAAAGUGACUUCUGCAUCAUUCAAUGUUACACAAAUUACAUUAGACAAUGGACUUUUUUGUCCUGAAAUGUCCCUCCCUAAUAUGGCCACACCAUUAGAAUCUUCCCAAAACAUAGCAGUUUAGUUUGUUAUUUUUUCCUAAUUUUAUCCUAUGCAAAGAUCCACCUUAAAAAUGUUACAUCCACUGUCCCCAUCCAUUUCUCAGACAGACCUUUUUAUUAUAUAACUGUAUGGAGUGUCUGUUUUUAUAUUUUGAAGGACCAUUCACGCUAAGGAUGAUAACUGUAAUGAUAAUGGUAUACUUCCAAAUAUUAGAAAUAUAAAACAAUUACAGAAACCUAAUCACAAUGAAUGAUAUUGCUUUAUUUUUUCAAAUCAGAUUCCAUUUUGCUAUAACAAGCUCAAGCAUUUAAAGUGUCAGACAAAAAACUUGCCUAACUUGUUUUUAAUAAACAAAAUGCUAUCAUUCAUUUUUGUAAACUUUAAUAUAGAUAUCAUCAUAGUUAUAAUUCUAGGUGUGAAUGUGCCUUUUGUUUAUCGUGCCCGAAAUGUAUGUUCAUUUCAUUUCAUUGUGAGAAUUUGUUUGACAAAGAUUAUAUUCAUUAGAACAUUAUGUAACAGUUUAUUUUAUGAAAAAUGACAGAUAAAAUGCAUUUCGACUUAAGUUCAUUCCAUCUAUGUAAUAUCCAAUCAAUAUUUUAACAUUUUUUAAGUAGACCCAGUCAUGCCAUUAAUGAAAAUGUCCGAUUCAUUCCUAUGUGAACUUUUUGUCUGAAUUAAAUACAGCACAAAAAGAGAUGGAGUUAAGAAAAAGGGUCAUAUGUGAUUAGAAUCCCCUUAGAAUCUCAGAAAACAACUGUCUUCCAUCUUUACUUUUUUGUAUAUAUUUUAAUAAAACAUGAAUCUGAAAGUUUCAUCCAAACAGUUUUUUUAUUAUGUUUUUAUAUAAACAGUUCCAGCAGUCAUCACUUAUUUCUGUGCAUGGACAAUAAAAGUUUCUGCCCUGAAAA